AAGCUGCACGCCUUCCUCAGCACGUGUCUUGCUGCCGAUGCAGCGGAGACAUAGACCACCGGCACCGAGGGCCUCAAGAUCCACCUGCCCUUCACCGGCGACCAGGAUGCCAUCGCCGCCUCCCUCUCGACCGUCCAAGUGUGCUGCCAGCAGGCCGAGAGGGUCACCCUCGACGGCCAUCCGCUGGCCAGCACCGUGAUGGCAGCUCCGUUCUUGUGUGAGUCGGCGGAGGAGCUCACCGUCAAGGCGAAUGGGUGGCCCGAUGAUCUCCCUGGCUACAUCACUGCCAAUCCUGAGGGCCUCUUCCCAAAUGUUGUCGUGUGUGAGGGAGAGAGGGGCAUGCACACGUACGCGGGCGGCGUGUCAGGCGUGCUGGGCACGUUGUCUUCACUCGAGCGAGCCACGUUUGAGGGGAGGCACAACACAAUCGGGGAGGGGGAGGGGGAGGCAGGCAUCCGCCCCAAAGACAACCACACACGGGUGGGAAAGACUUGCAACCGCCAAUUUGCCGCAAAUGCCAAUGCCUUGCGUGUGCGUGUGCGUGAACAGAUGUGUCAUGAGGGGAAGACGCCGCCGACCACGAAGCGCUUUGUAAUGGUGACAUCGCCAAAGCGAGUACCCGUCCGCAUCGUCGUCAAGAGACGGAACAGCAACAGAGGGUCCAUACAGCUGCCGGGGAUCUGGAGGCACUUGGCUGCCAUCGUCGCCCCUUUCAGCCAGGCCGUCACCACCCGGGCGCCGGCGUCCAUGCAGCCAGUGAGCGGCAGCUCACAGACGGGGGGAGUUGAGGGAGACGAAGAUGGCGGCAACGUGCUGGACAAGGGCGACAAGCCGACAGGCGACAAAGAGGAGGUGGGUCUGAGAAGAGGGGAGAACCGAUGGGGGCAUUGUGGAGUGUUCCUUAUCACGUGCAUCCUGUAUGUAGGCUGCUGGUACGCUCGGGGCCACGAUAGGCGACACGCCUUCGGCGCCACCCAGCGAAUACGACACCACCACCACCACCACCACUUUCACAGUGUACAGCGCCCAGCAAUGCCCCGAGUGCCCCGCCGACAGGAUGCUCAAGAGGCUGCUCUACGUCCUGCUGGGGCUUGGCCUGUCAAUACUGGCCGGCAUCGUAUAUGUGGCCGUGACGGAGAGCAGCAAGAAGCCAGAGGCCGUCAAGCCCGCCGUGGCGCCCACCUUCGCCAUGUUUGCCCGCCACUCUCAGUACUGUCAAGAGGAAAUGUAAGUAUGACAGACAAGGUAGAUGUUGUGUGUACAUAUGGGUGUGGAUGUGUUGCCUUUCCUUCCUUUGACGUCCAUGCAGAAACAAGAGCGAGGCCGCCAAGGAAUAUUACAGAUACUCCACGCAGCGACAGCUGGUAUGUGUCCACUCACGAACGAAGCGCCCACUGAUCUCAUUCAUGUGACGUACGUGUCCUUCCCCUUUGUGUGUGUCUUCAUGCAGGACCAGCAGCACAGUCAAUACCUGGCCGAGCUCGACGAGCGGGACCGUCAAAUCCAGUAAGAAGACAUGUCGACAUGAUAUAACAUUGUGUUCUCAAUUCUCUAUUUCCUCGGGUACCGCAACUAUUCGUUCAGAUACUACAAAGCCAUGGCGGCCGAGUGGCAACGGCGCUGCGAGAUGAUGGAGGCACUCCACCAGGAUGCCCCCGGUAUGACGAGAGGGGAGAACGUCCUAUGGACUCACUGCUACUCUCACUUGUGUGUGUGCUUCCUCCGCAGCAGCAGCGGCUCUCGCUCCUGCCAUCGCCCAGGGCCAGCCACACUCGCAGACGGGCGGCGAGGGCCUGGCCGGCGUCUACAGAGAGGAGGGCUACAAUGAGCACGACGGCGAGGUGGUAGUGCCUGAGGAUGGCGUGGCUGACGAUGGUGAGCGACCGAACAAGGGCAUUUAUCCAUCAUGAUGGACGUGUGUGAACGCAUUCAUCUCCUCUCCCUUGGUUGACUGCAGGCGCCCAGCCCGCCGUCAUUGACCCGCCGCCGCCCGCCCAGCUGCCCCCGCCCGUCAAUGCUACACAGGUGGAAGCGGCGCCGAGUCAGAUGUCGCCGUGGGGCCGGCCGGUGUGGCAGCCAGGUAUGCACGCAACUAGCAGAGACACUCACUCACUCAUCCAUGUUGUCCAUUCCGCGUUGUCAUUCAGCGUUUGAGACCAGCCCGGCCCACUGCGGGGCUGAGUUCGGCUAUGGCCGCCCUGUGGCCGACAACAAUACUGACACGGGUGAGCCAAAAACGAAGGGACGUUCAUGGCCACAUGUGCCAUAUGUGUCUGUCUGUUGGUCCGUAUUCAGUGCCUGGUGCGUUUGAGUCGGUCCCUGAGUCCAACAUGGCUCACUUUGACGACUCGGAUGCCCCCGGUAUGACGAGAGGGGAGAACGUUUAUCCAGGGCUACACAUGCUUUCACUUGUGUGUGUGCGUCCUCCGCAGCAGCAGCGGCUCCCGCCCCUGCCAUCGCCCAGGGCGAGCCUGCCGGCGUCAAUGACGAGGAGGGCGAUAAUGACGGCGAGGUGGUGGUGCCGGAGGAUGACGUGGUUAACGAUGGUGAGCAACCGAACAAGGGCAUUUAUCCAUCAUGAUGGACGUGUGUGAACGCAUUUGUCUCUCCCUUGGUGAACUGCAGGCGCCCAGCCCGCCGUCAUUGACCCGCCGCCCGCCCAGCUGCCCCCGCCCCUUGUCGUGGUUGAGAGGGCCAUCCAGACUGAUGGCAUCAUUCUCCAGACGACCAUGCGCCAGCAGUAG